CGCAACGUGGACGACUAUCCGCCUUUCUUGAGUUCUUCCUCACACUGCUCGUUUCACACUUCUCUUGCGAAAUUUGCAAUCUGAGCACAUAAAUUUGGGAAGAAUCUGAAAUUAAGAGACUGAUAGAGGCAUUCGAAGAAGGUCAAUGGCUUCUUGCAGUUGUUAUUCUGUGAACUUUACAGCCCCAUCUUUCAAUCCGAACAAGCCCUUAACUUCCCCUCCCAAUCAACUUCUCCCCAUUUCAAGAUUUUCGUCGUUUCAAUCGAAGCUCCCCCUGUUCUCUCUCCAUUUAAAUCAAAAUCUAUCACAAACCAAUUUCAGGAAAUCAAGAGUUGCUCCUACUUUUCUGCUUGUUGCGUCAGGGGAAAAGGCGGAGCCCUUGAGGGUGAUGAUAUCAGGUGCUCCGGCUUCCGGUAAAGGAACUCAAUGUGAGCUUAUUACUAAGAAGUAUGAUUUGGUGCACAUAGCAGCUGGAGAUCUUCUCAGGGCUGAAGUUGCUGCUGGCACAGAAAAUGGAAAGCGUGCAAAGGAAUUCAUGGAGAGAGGGCAACUCGUCCCAGAUGAAAUAGUUGUCAUGAUGGUCAAGGAGCGUUUAUCAGAGCAAGAUUCUCAGGAGAAGGGUUGGCUUCUGGACGGGUAUCCAAGGAGUGUAUCCCAAGCAACUGCUCUCAAGAAAUUUGGGUUUGAUCCAGAUAUCUUCAUUCUUCUUGAAGUCCCUGAAGAGAUCCUUGUUGAGAGAGUUGUUGGCCGCAGACUAGAUCCUGUUACGGGCAAAAUAUACCAUCUUAAGUAUUCUCCUCCAGAAACUGAAGAAAUUGCUGCAAGACUUACUCAGCGUUUUGACGACACUGAAGAAAAGGUUAAGCUGCGUCUGCUCACUCAUAACAGUAAUGUGGAGGCCGUGCUUUCAAUGUAUGAAGAUGUAAUAGUUAAAGUAGAUGGAACUCUCCCAAAACAGGAGGUAUUUUCAAAAAUUGACAAUAUAUUGACAGAAUUACUUGAAAGAAAGGAGGCUGCCUUGGGCUCACUGGCUGCAUAGAACAAGCUCAAUUUGGAAAAGUCACAGAAUGGCAGAAAAUGAGAGGUAUUACUGCAAACAGGGAGGUAAACGUAUAUAACAUUGAUGUCAAAAUCAUGGUGAAUGGAUCAAAGUUUCAUGUUUCUAUGUUGGGAUGAUGAGAGAACAAAUAAUGGCUUCCUUUUGUAUGCCAAUGUGCCAAUUGAUACCAACCACCGGCAAGUUUAUGUAUAGGUGCAGAAGCUCUCUGAUGUAGUGCAUUGCUAUUUUUCCCGUCUUACAUUUUGUCCCUUGUAAAAAUAUUUAUUGUCCGUCGAAGGCACGGGUAUUGGUGAGAAGUUGCAUUUUUAAUGAAAAACAUGCUUAAAGA